AUGGAUGUUUUGAGCUUCACAAAAAUGGGGUUGAUGGUGAUGGUGAUGUUGAUGAUGUUGGCAAACAUGGCAAAAGGUGAGCCUCACUAUGUUGGAGGGAGCAAGAUAAGUUGGGCACCUAAUGUUAACAUGACUGAAUGGGCAUCUCAUGAGCACUUUCAUCUGAAGGAUUGGCUAUACUUUGGAUAUGAUAGGCAUAUGUUCAAUGUUCUGGAAGUGAACAAGACAAGCUAUGAAAACUGCAGGGACACAGAUUUCAUCAAGAACAUAUCAAGGGGUGGAGGAAAAGAUGUGUUUCAGCUGACAGAGGAAAAAACCUAUUACUUCUUAAGUGGAGGAGGGUUUUGUUGGGGAGGUAUGAAGGUUGCAAUUGAUGUUACUGAUUAUGUUGCACCAGCUCCUCAACCUGUUCCAUCAAAAGGAGGUUCUGAUUCAGAUGCUUCUGGCAUUCAUGUCUACCACACACUUGUACUGCUCAUCUUAGUCUUGAUGUCGAUCAUCCCAUUCAACUAACAUCAGCUACUAGAAAUAGCAGAACAUAAACUAGAUUUACAAUAUCAUCAACUAUAUACAUUGUGUUAAUUUUCUUACUUUUCCUAGAGCAUGUUUGGU